CUUAAUCGUCGUUCACCAAAUGACCGACAGAUGUCGCAUUCCACUGUACUUUCCACAUUCACGAAUCAGUUGAGCCUGCGACGCUGUCGGGGUUGUGUGUUCGUGGCGGUGUCGGGGUCAGAGCACAACAGGGGGGGAGCAAAUGCCAAGUGUUCCAGGAGACACCAACGCGCGAGAAGCAGCAGCCUGCCUGCGCGUAGAGGAUUACCGAGAGAGAAGAAAGCGGACCCGCGCGUCGCGCGAGUCCCGCGAGAAGGCGAAGCGCAGCUACUCAGAGGAAGAGGAAGGCGAAGGGGAGGAGGAGGAGGACACGCGGAUCCGGUGGGAGGACGUGCCCAAGCUGGGCCACAUGCUCUUCCCGCUGCUGCGGCCCAGCCCGCUGACGCCGCUCACGCGGGACACGGCCGCCCAGCAGUUCCUCACGCCGAUCGCGUCGCUCACGUGACUCCCGCGCCAAGCCCACCAUACAGCCCAUGCCUAACGUGCCAACCGUGCACCUGGCCUUCUCGCUCGAGCGCUUCUCGCAGGUGCGUCUGUUGUGGUGCUCUAGGUCAGCCCUAAUAAGCUGAUGAAUAACGAUGCUAAGGUGAGUAACGAUUUUGUAACUACUUGG